UAGAAAGAUCAUGAGAUUGAAGAUUUUGAAUGAGUAACGUUUACGCUACGAAGAAACAGGACUUUCAGUUUCUUUUGGGAGUUUGUGAGUGGAACGUCGCGAGUGUAACGGUCACGCUAGCACGCGUGUGAAAGUUUUAUCUUCCGAGCGCCCAGCCUCCUUCAUACAAAGUGUAUUGACAUAGAAAGAAAAUUGAAACAGGCUUGCUUAAAGGAAAGUAAUAUAACGGAGAAUUGCGGAAUUUAUUUUCGAAUCAUGGAGCAGUCCGUUUUCAUAUGACAAACCUGAAUAAGUGCGAGUGAAAGUUCGGUGUAAUACGUGAACAUCAGACAGUGAGCUAUAGUGACGUGAAAGUGGUCGACUAAAAGAGGCGGAAUGCAGAGUGUUGGGCGCUACGGUGUGUACACUGAUCCAUGGUACCAGUGAUAAUAUUAAGAAGAUAUAAAAAAAUGUUGAAAUAUUAAUGAAAAUGAAGGAAUUUAAGAAUGAAAGCAAACAACUAUUUGUUCGAAGUCAAUUAUUCUAGACGAGCAUGCAGCGAUGGUUAUUGGAUGAACCUGCAUCUGAUUUAUGCAGUAGCAAUUAUCAAUCACAAAUUAAGAGAAUGCUGGAACGCGGGAAAUUUUAUUGUAAUGCGGCAAUCGCAACGGCCUUGGCAGUUUCAGAUGAGAACCAAAUUAAUUCUGACAGUGAAAUUACGAAGUUGUCUUUACAUCCAUCGAAUGAAAGAUUUGCUUACAAUAAUCUAUAUGCUAUACCACGAGCUGAUUUACACGAGAUAGAAUGGAUAGAAGCUGACUCGUUAGAUGCUUAUGUUUCAAGAUUUGUAACUGGUUUGUCAACUAUAACACGAAAUAAUUUAAGAAAAUGUUGCCGAACUUCCAGUUAUUCCAAUCAUUCUCUACCAUUGUCAGCUGGUUCAUAUUCUUGUUAUACAUCAGCAAUUUCCAAUCAAAAUUUUUUUCGAGGUAUAACAAUGAAAAACCAAUCCAAUGGAGGACUUGCUAUAAUUCAUGAGGCAAUUCCACGUCCUAUUUGGCCGAUGACAUUUUUUAAUUCGCGCGAUCUUUAUCAAAAUAACGAAAAUCCUGAAUAUGAUACUUCAUACACAUAUUGCGGAUGUUGUUGCGCAUAUAGCUAUUCAUAUUGCGAUUGGCAUUAUGAAAAAUCUAUAAAUAUGUCAGCACAUGAAGUUCUUCUUGAAUUAUCUCAAACACUGGAUUCCAUGAUAGAAGGAAAAAAUAUUAUGACACCAGAAGAAAUAUUACAAAAUAUUUCAUAUCAGAUUGCGCAAAGAAUUGAUUUUAAAGGGGAGUUUUACGAAUAUGUUUAUCAUAAUUCUUCAUUUUUAUCAAGCAAACGAUCAUUUUUAAACGAUACCAAUCCGUAUGAGUUAAGUUGUAAUAAAAAUUCAUCAUCGAAAAUCAAUCCAGUAAAUUCAAAACUUUAUAAUAAUACACGAAAUUCUCAUCUAUAUAAUCCUUGGUAUACUUGCUUAUGUACUUGUGAACGUACUCGUAGAUUUCUAUCUUCAAAAAAUGACCAAGAAAAUACAAUGAGUGAUGAAUUGAAGAGAAAAGAAAGUCCUCUUAUGCUUUUAAUGGAUAAUCAAUACCAAAAAAUAAAAUCAGAAUUAUUACAAAACAAUAUAGAUAAUUCUAAAUCAUAUGGUUGCAAAUGCUUAAAUCAUUCAAUUUUUCAUAAUAAAAAAAUAAAAAAUGUAUAUAUGAAUCGUUAUAUUAAAAAUGAUAUAAAAGAAACGAUUAAUAUCAAUGAAGAAACUAAACAAGAUCGGAAUAAAAUUAUUUCUAAUGAUCCAGAAUAUUCUAAGCAGUUGGAGUGCAGUGAUGGUGAUUCAUUCAACAAAGAUAGAAUCUUCUCAUCCAAUAAAAAUAAUUGGAAUUAUCGUAUGCAAGGAUUCGCUGAAAAUUUAGAUUUCACGCUUGAUGUUUCACGAGCAGAACGUUUGGGUCAUGUAAUUGCAAAAGCAAAACGGAAACGACAAUGGUGCAGAGUUUUAACUGCCUUCUUUGGACUAGUCUUUUUUGUUUUAAGUGUUGUCAUUGUCUCCUUAUCCGUAACGAAAGGUCGUAAAGUAUUUGGAAGUAUGUAAUGUUAUUUACAAAUGAUAAAAACUUAAUCGAAAUACUCUAACUAUUAUAAUAGUAAAUAUAUUGACUGAUACUUGCUUUAUUUCUAGUACCUUA